AUGGCUGUCUCUUGGGCUCUGUUUAAAGGGGUUUCCAUAAAGGACAUUUGUGCCACUGCAGGCUGGGCCUCUCCACAUACAUUUAGAGAGAACAAAGACACUGGAACAGCAGGAGUCAGUCCAGAGCAUCACCUACAGCAGGAAAAGACUGAAAGUGAAAAAAUAGAGCCUCUAUUUCGGAGACUUAAUCUUCACAGGGACAACAAACUGAGAGCUGCAGAUGUUCUUCAGAUAACUGAACAUUCAUUACAAUCCCAUGAGUCUUGUGCUGAAGAGGAACUGAUUCAGACUUUCAUACAUAAACUACUGAUGAUGAACUACAGAGCAAGAUACAUUAAUAUUAACAAGGCCAGUGAUCAGGAUCAAACACAACAAAGAGACAAUGACUCAUCUGAAGAUGAGGGCAAUAUUUUUGAUUAUGUUCCUGACAACACCCCUUUGUCAAAAACAAGCCAAUCUGAGCGAAUCCACCCGAUGGAUGUUCAAGUGGCUGUGUUUCUUUGUGCUGAUGAUUUCCUGAAGCAGCUGAUGGUGACUAAACUGUCCCAGUGUCAGUACGCUCUGCCUCUGCUUGUUCCUGAUCCAUUCACACAACAGACUGAGUUUCCUCUCUGGACAUUCAGACAAAUCAGCAAGAGCUGGAAGAUGAGAAACAACAACGAGAUCAUCAGUCAAACCCAGCCGAUCUAUAAGGCAGAAACUCCAAUGGUGUUUUUCUUCAGGUUUGGCUCAGUGUCUUCAUCCAAGUCUCAGCUGAUGAACAGUCUGAUCAAUGAGAAACACAACACAUUCUUCCACAGGAACUGCCCAGGCAGCAGCAGAACCAGAGUCCUGAUGGAUGGAGUGGUGGAGAUAGCCUGGUUCUGCCCCUCUGGGAAAAACACUGAUAAAUUCACUAACUGUGUUGCGUUCUGUAAUCUACACGGUGAUGCAGGAGACCAUGAGAAACAGCUGCAGAUCCUCACUGAAAUGGCCUCAGUCAAUGUUGUUCUUCUACCGCGACUGGACAGGAAUGACAGACAUGCAGCAAAGAUUCAAAACCUGUUCACAAUCAAAAAGCCACUCAUUUGUCUUCUUACUGAGGAUCAAUCAACUGUAAUGAAGAUGAAGAAAGGGAAAUUUCAAAUUGGUUUGAAAUACAGAAAUAAGUCAGAUGUAUCUGAAGAACUUAGAAGAACUAUAAAUGAUUGUCUCUUAGAAACAUCUUCUACUUUCAGACUUGAAGACGUGUCCAACCACUCAGACAUCAGAGUAGAUGAGAAAAAUGAUGACUGCAAUAGAGGAAGAGAAGCAACAGAGCAGAUGAUGAGUUUACUGGAGAAUAAAGAUCUUACAAAAAUCAAAGAAUUAUUUCUGCCCUGUCAGGGGAAACUGUGGCAUCAGUGGUGCCAGAAGAACAAACAACUACAUCGACCACAAGGAGAAACGAUAGAAAUGGAAGCAAGUGAAAAUAAAGAAGAAAUGAAGAAAAUCCGGGAACAACAGCAUGAUUCUGUCAUGAGUGAGUUUAUGACGCUCUUUAAUAAAGAAAUGAACUCACAUAAUGAACAUGAAAGGAUGUUUUUUCUCAAAUGGCUCAGAAUCCUCCUGGAUGAACAUACAUCAGCUGAUAAAGAACAUAAAGCCAAACAAACAGAACUUGAGAGAAUCUCUGAGGAACUUCAAGCUGCAACCUUUGGUUUGGAGCACAUCAUGAGGGAGAUCGGUCAGAUCUAUGAAUCAUGUUCAUCUGUGAAGAAGAACAAGAAAGACCUGCAGAUUCACUUCUCUUCUCUCCCGAGUCUUGCAGCAGAAAUGAUGAUCUCUGGAUUUCCACUAGAGCUGAUGGAUGGAGAUGCUGCUCAUGUUCCCCUGGUCUGGAUCUCUGCUGUUCUAGAUCAGCUCAUCCAGAAACUGGGAGACCAGCGAGUCUUUGUGCUUUCAGUUUUAGGGAUUCAGAGCUCUGGGAAAUCCACCAUGCUGAAUGCCAUGUUUGGACUCCAGUUUGCCGUCAGUGCUGGCAGGUGCACCAGAGGAGCUUUCAUGCAGCUGGUCAGAGUGUCAGAAGAGAUGAAAAGACAGAUGAAGAUUGACUAUAUUCUGGUUGUUGAUACUGAGGGUCUUCGUGCUCUAGAACUGGCUGGAAGAUCAACAAGAUAUCAUGACAAUGAAUUGGCCACAUUUGUUGUUGGAAUUGGAAAUCUGACCUUGAUAAACAUCUUUGGUGAAAACCCAUCUGAGAUGCAAGACAUUCUUCAGAUCGUUGUUCAGGCCUUCAUGAGGAUGAAGAAGGUAAAUUUGACUCCCAGCUGUGUUUUUGUGCAUCAGAACGUUUCAGACAUCACAGCUGGAGAGAAAAACAUGGAGGGAAAGAGGCGACUGCAGGAGACACUGGAUGAGAUGACAAAACUUGCUGCUAAAGAUGAAGUCUGUGAUGCAGAAUGUUUCAGUGAUGUCAUUAGAUUUGAUGUUCAGAAUGAUGUGAAGUAUUUUGCUCAGCUCUGGGAAGGCAGCCCACCAAUGGCACCACCAAACCCAAACUACUGUGAGAACAUUCAAGAACUAAAGGAAUCUAUUCUUUUCCAUGCCUCUAAAUCACAUGGAAUUAUGCUGAAAGACUUAACAGUUCGUAUUGAAGAUCUCUGGAAGGCUUUACUGAGUGAACGAUUCGUCUUCAGCUUCAGAAAUUCUCUGGAGAUUUCAGCCUACAGGAAACUGGAGACAGAAUACAGCAAAUGGUCCUGGAGUCUUCGCAGUGCCAUGAUGGAGACUGAGAACAAACUACACAACAAAAUAGAAAAUGAAGUAAUUCAUGAGGUUGAGGAAAAUGAUCUUCAAACAGAACUGAAGAACACAAGUGAAGAAGUCGAAAAAUCAAUGUCAGAAUUCUUUGAGAAAGACAAAGAUAAAGACAUACUGAUUCAGUGGAAAACAUCAUUUGAAAUAAAAAUCAAAGAUGUUCAGGGAAACAUUGUGAGGGAAACAAAGAAGAAACUAAAUGAGGUUCUUCAGCAGCGAGUCUUGAAGAAAGAGAUUGAUGCUCAGAAGACACAUCGUGAAGACACUCUCUAUGAAAAGAGCAAAGAACUUGCCUUAAAGCUAAAAUAUAAAACGAAUGAUGAAGAAACACUGAAGAAAGAGUUUGAUUCCUUUUGGGCACAGUGGAUAAAGAAGAUAAUCAAAGACACUCCUCCAAUCAAAAACAUUGACCUAAUGAGAGAUGUGAGAGAGAUCCUCAGGGACGUCUAUGGAAGUGUUUCUGUAGAUCACUGGAGGGAGAGCAGUGAGUACAACAAAGUUGUCACUGUACAGAGUUAUUCAGAUUAUGUACAGUUAAAAAAAUCCAGUGGAAUUAUAAAACAGGUUAAACAUGCCUUGAACUCAGCUAAAGAGAUGCUUGGUUAUGGUCCUUUAUCUAAUGAGGAUGAAACCCAAAUAAGAUCAUUUGUCACAGAUGUUGUUCAGCAGACAGACAAAGAGAUUCAGUCAUUUAACAUUUCAAAGAUGGGCUACAACAAAAGCUUCAUUCAACAACUCACAGGUUACAUCAAGGCAAGAGUUGUAGAACAUGAGGAAGGACGAGUGAAAUAUGUGUUCAAGAAUGAAUUCUUUGUGGAUUUGGUUCUUUCCAUCUGUAAGAGAGCAAACAAUAUGAUCACUGACCAACACAAGAUGUUUAGAGAAGCCAAUGAUCCUGUCAUAUAUGUUGAGAAAAAGAGAGAAGAGUACUAUAGUAUUUUCCAGAAAUACUGUCGUGGAGCAACAUCAGCUGCCAUAUUUGGUGAGAUCAUCUGUCAGAAACUUAAAGAGCCCGUUGAGCAGAGUGUCUACAAGAAGACUGCUAGAGAUCUGGCAAAUGAAAUGAGAACAGAAUGUCCAUCACUGGAAGGAAACAGAUUAAAACUGGAGAAGCACAUCCUGGAGACACUGGCAGAAGAGGAAGAUUUUUACAAAUAUAUGAACUACAUUCAUAAUCCCAGAGAUCACUUCAAGAGUUUCAUCAGCGAUGAAGUCAGUCGGUACAUCACAGAUAAGUUCAGUGACAGUGUUUUACCCAAGAUGAAGGAGAAUAUUGAAGUCCUGCAGCAGAAGAUCAUGAAAGCAGCUCAUGAAUCUACUGAACAUGUUCAAGUCAACAGUGGAGAUGCUGGUUUGUGGUUGAAGAGUUUCACACAGCAGCUCUCAGAUGUGCUGAUCUUCUCUGAAAAAGACCUCAGUGGACUGAAACAUGAUGAUGUUAAUUUCAAACUCCUAGAAGAUGUGAUGAGAAAAGAACUUCCUGUGAUAAUGUCUGACAGUAGUUUCAAGACAAAUGCUUUUAAUGAAAAACUGGACUUAAAGUUCAGACCAGAUGAGCUUCUGUUUUCUCAUUUCUGUCAGUGUUGUUGGGUUCAGUGUCCAUUCUGUGGAGCCUUCUGCACCAGCAUCAUAGAAAACCAUCCUGGAGAUCACAGUGUUCCUUUCCACAGAGUGAAUGGAAUUAAAGGAUGGACUUACUAUCAAACAAAUGAUCUCUGUACUGAUUUUUGCACAACGUUAGUGACAAGUAGAAAAAGAUUUCGUGUUUCAGAUAAGUGGUUUCCAUGCAAUGAAUACAAAGAAGCAGGAGGAGUUUAUGCAGAGUGGGACAUCACCCCUGACCCUCAUGGACUGCCGUACUGGAAGUGGUUUGUGUGCAAAUUCCAGGAAAACCUGGAAAAUCGUUAUAAGAAAAAAUUCAAGGGUGACGGUGAGAUUCCAGUUGACUGGAAAACGAACAAAAAACAAGAUGCUAUUCAGAGUUUGAAAAAGUUGAUUGUUACAAACUAA